AUGUUGAUACUACUCAAGUAUAUCUUGCCCUCGAUCUGUGCGCUUUGCAUGAUGGGCAGCCUGUACGUUCUACGAUCGGGGCAAGAUCUCAACGAUGCGGUCCUUAUGUCGGAGAAGGCUUACCGCACCACGUUUGAGCGCGAAAGUUUUUACGAAAGCCGCGGCCAAACCGAGGAACUGCCGCACAAUUGGCUCUACCGAUAUGUGGAUCGGAUCGUUGUCGCCACCCUUCCUGAGCGUCGCGACCACGUGGAACAUAUGCUCGACUUUCUGAACAUUGACGCCAUCCUCUUUGACGUCUACACGGAUCAAGACCUGGCCAACGUCACGUUAUCCACCACAGAGCAAGCAUACGUUACCAAACUCAGCUCCAACUCCAAUGGCAUCCGCAAGCUCGCCCUUGUCAAGACCAAACGCGACAUCUACAAGCACGCGCUCAAUGUGAGCGCCGACCGACUCUUGUUCUUUGAAGAUGACAUUAACCUUGAACUUUUGAGUCCCACAAGCUUGCGGCAACAGAUCGAGCACCUUUGGUCUGCUUUGCCCCCUCGCUGGAACGUGUUCAAUCUUGGUCGUUGCCUGGCCUAUUGCGACUACCAAAAGCCGCUUGGUCACGGUCUGGUACAAGACCUCGCCAACCUCUGUGCACAGAGCAUCAUCUUCGAUCGAGUCGCACUGACGCAGCUGGUCGACGCCUUUGACAACCACCUUUUGCCCAUGGGUGACGACCUCCUUCUUGCCCAUCUGACCUCGCGUGGUGCCCUAGUCAGCGUGGCCAGCGAAGAACCGCUAUUUUUGCAGGACCGCAGUCAUAUCGGCAGCACCCUUCAUUCCGAGGGCACGAAGGAUGCAGUCAACGCCCCCAUGGUCUGUGCCAAUUCCGUUCACAUCAAAGGCUUCAAACAACGAUACGGGUUGACUGUUGAGCGCUUUCACAUGGCAGACCCCACUAAUCUCAAUGAAACAGUACCCGACCUCUCUACCAUCUUAGUGGCCCAAGAAUAG